AUGAAAUUUAUGAAAAGAAAAAUAGUAAUUAUUUAAAUCAACGAAAAAAUAAAUAGAAAAAAUGAAAAAGAGAUUAGAGUCCACAUAAAAUAGUGCGUCCGCCGCAGAGGGAGAGAGAGAGGCUGUGUUAUCGAAAAAACAAGGAAAGCGCUGUUGUGAGAUUAAAGACACAUACAGAACCUGCAUACGAAUGGAUAGCUCCCAAACUUAUUAAUUACAUAUUUAUAUAUUAUGUAAAAAAAACAGGAAGAGAGAGAGAGAGCAUGACCGACGAGAUAGCUUGAGGUGGCUGAUUGCUUUGGUUCCCAAUUGUUUAGAGGAUCUUCCAUUUAGAUCAAACCAAAAUUAAAAACAAAAAGAGAGAGAUUAUCCUAUUCGUAUCAAAUCGAUCAUCAGAGUCAGUGAUUGAGUGAAGUGGAGUUAUGGAGUCAUCGACGUUGGAGGAUUCAGCUAACAAGAUAGAGGAAGAGGUGGAAAGAGUGGUGGAGCAGGCAAAACAAGUACAAGAAGCAGCGGCGUCUCUUAUAUCAAGGUCUACUAACGAUGAGCAGUCCCUCCGCCAGCGUGCUCUUUCGCUCGAAUCUUCCAUUCGCCGUUGCCGUUCCCUUUUCGACUCUCUCCUCUCCCGCAACCUCAUCCAUCCCAAGCUUGCUGAUAAGCUGGAUGAAGAUUUACAAAGAGCCAGAUGUAUGAUGGUUGAUGGUGAUGCCGCUGCUUUUCUUCCUUCCAAAGCUCAGGGCGGGUUUCUUAAAAUGUUCCUGGGACCAAUUAAUGUCCGUGCCUCUCGCAAAGACGUUCAAUUGAAGGUUAAAGAGGAGUACAACAGUUAUAGGGAUAGAACUGCCCUUCUCUUUCUUCUUUUUCCAUCACUUCUUCUGAUUCUAAGAUCUUGGCUCUGGGAUGGAUGUUUGCCCGCUUUUCCUGUUCAACUCUACCAGGCUUGGCUUUUGUUCCUCUAUACAGGCUUGGCUUUGCGUGAAAAUAUUCUCAGAUCCAAUGGAAGUGAUAUUCGUCCUUGGUGGAUAUACCAUCAUUAUUGUGCUAUGGUUAUGGCCCUUGUUAGUCUUACGUGGGAGAUUAAAGGACAACCAAAUUGUGCCCAGAAACAGAGAGGGGUUCAACUUUUCUUGCAAUGGGCUAUGAUGCAAGGUGUAGCCAUGCUUCUACAGAACAGAUAUCAACGCCAAAGACUUUAUACUCGUAUCGCCUUGGGAAAGGCAAAGAGGAUGGAUGUUGUCUGGGGUGAAACAGCUGGUGUGGAUGGCCAAUUGUGGCUUUUGUGCCCUAUUCUCUUCAUUUUGCAGGGUUUUGAGGCAUAUGUUGGACUACAGUUGCUCAGGACUGCAUUUGUAAGAGUUGUCUCUGAAUGGCAGGUAAUAUUCUGUGGGAUGCUUUUGGUUUUCAUGGCGGUUGGGAACUUCUUCAACACAGUUCAAACACUCAUGGUAAAGUCAAGGUUUAAGGCAAAAAUGAAAAGAAGCAAGAGCAAGCAGGAAUUAGAUUGAGGCAAUUCCUAUUGUUUAGGAUCACACACUCUUCCUGUAGCUCUAUAGGAUCGCAAUUUUGGAUUUAUUUUAUAAAAUUUUGUUGGGUCUGAAACAUGUUUUGUUGAAAUUUGAUGCAAUGAAAAAAAAUUGAUCAUUAUGAUUUUCA